AUGAUGAUGAUGACGUACCGUCUGCUGUGCGCCCUGUUGGUGCUUGCCCUGUGCUGCUGCCCGUUCGUGCACGCGGGAGACACUCAGGAGCUCACUGAAGGCCAAGCUAAUGCAAAAGACCCCAAUUUGUCGCCUCCCUCAGCUGACUCUAAGGCAGCUGUACCUAAAGGAGACGCCGCCGGUCGAGCGCCCUCUGGAACAGGAGAAAUUCCAGGGAACGGUAAGGCUGAGGCUGCUAAAAAUUCAUCCACUGAGCCGACUGCGGAAAAAAUUGAGCGAGAGACACCAGGUUUGGCCGUUUCGGAACCCAAAGUAAAUACCGAGCCACAUAAAUCACUGACAGAGAAUGCGAAGGGUAAUAAAGGAUCUGAAAUUGGCACCGGUACACCUGCGGAGAAAGAAGUUAAUAACGCCGAAACUUCUGCCCAGACGACCACCACUACGACCACAACAAAGGCACCAACCACGACGACCACCACUACAACAGAGGCACCAAGCACUACGACUACAGAGGCGCCAGCUGUGUCGACCACCAGCGCACCGUCACGUCUUCGCGAAAUCGACGGCAGCCUCAGCAGCUCUGCGUGGGUGUGUGCCCCGCUGGUGCUCGCCGCAUCCGCGCUGGCGUACACCACUGUGGGCUGA